AUGCCACAUGUCGACGGUUGGGAGCCUGAGAUCGUAGUCGCGAUCGAUUUUGGGAUGACUUGCACAGGGGUGGCGCACUCGCGUGGGCCGCAAUGGGCAGAGCCUAAGACUUUCCAACACUGGCCAGGGAAGAUGAUCAACGAGCUUGCUAACAAAGUACCCACUAUGCUGAAAUAUGGAUUUGACUCGGAGACGGUGCAGAGAUGGGGUUUCCUCUGUGAACAGGACUCGGACAUAGUGGACUGUUUCAAGCUGCACCUUGAUCCUUCCUUUCAAGGCUCUGCAAACCCCGGAGCACCGACCAUACAACAGGCACGGCAAUGGUUUCAGGAUUAUCUGCGAGCCAUUCACGAUCACAUUGUGACCACCUUCACAGACUCAAUGCCUAGAUGGACACAGAAGAAAGUCGAGUUCGUAUUUAGUGUUCCGACCAAUUGGAAUGACCCAGGUGUCAUUGCUGAUACGGAGAGACUCAUCAAAAAGGCGGGUUAUGGCCGAGAUGGUCGAGAUCAUCGAGUGUUGAUAGGUCUGACCGAGGCCGAGGCAGCAGCUGUUUACGCUUUGAAGUCAGACUAUGAGAAAGACGACGUCGUGCUCGUGUGCGAUGCCGGCGGCGGCACUACGGAUGUGAAUGCGCUCAAGCUUAUUUCCUCACCAAGCGAGCCGACACGACUGAAGCAGCUUUCCUGGGUUGAAGGACGUCCAGUAGGCUCAACACAAAUCGACAUGGAAAUCCAUAGACUCAUUGUCUCUCGUUUGGAACAGGUGAGGUACGAUCUACCUGGGGAUCUAGACAGAGUUGCAGAUCAUAUGGUGCAGGGCAAGUUCGAACGUUUCAAGUGUUCAUACGGAACUGCCCUUUCCGCAUCAGUGCCAAAUUUGAUACUCAAAGUUCCUGGGUUAGCACCUGGUCAUAGCUGCCCAGCCGCAAAGAUUUUCAAUGCGGACAUGCGAUUGUCGCAAGAAGACAUCAAAAGCAUCUUUGACAUUCAAAUCAAAAAGCUGCUGCAACUAACGGACGAGCAGGUUGACCGUGUUGCACAGCAGCAUCCAGGGACUGACAUAUCAUAUUUGGUACUGUCCGGUGGCUUGGGAAGUUCUGCAUACGUAAAGGAUCGGAUGAGGCAGCAUUACGUCUCCGGCCCAGGAUCUAUGAAACCAGGAGUCGGUAGCAUGAGGCUUACAACAGUUCCUGAGCCACAAUUGGCUGUCGUUCAAGGUCUGGUAAUGGACAGAAUUCAAGCGAUCAGCCAGCAGGCAGAAAUCUUUUCCGAACGAUGCUGUCGUCUCAGCUACGGUGUUGUCUGUAAGCAGAAGUAUAAUCCGAAAAACAAGAGUCAUAUUGGACAGCGUUCUGUUCGGGACCCGAGAGAUAGAAGAGUCUGGGUUCAAGGCCAGAUUGAGUGGUUCAUUGAACAGGGAAAGACCGUUUCAAUAGACGGUGUUAUAAGACCGUACUCAAUCAAGAAGAGCCCGGGAGAUGAGCAUAAGCCAUGGGAGACUAGACUUGUAAUGUCGUCGCUGCCGCGCGACCAACUCCCUACAAAUGUUUCUCAGUACGGUUCGAAGGGACUUUGUAGCGUUUCAGCAAGCCUCAAGGAUACAAAUGUUAUAUGGAAGGCCAAAAACAAGCACUUCUGGAAUCGUGGUAAAAAGCACUGGAAAAUAGAAUUCGACAUCAAGGUAGUCCUUGGAGCGGCAGAUUUGCAGUUUGUCUUCAUGACGAAAGACAAACAGGUCAUCAGCAAAGGCCAUGAUGCCAUAAAGGUUGUUUGGCAACCUGUAAAAUCGGCACCGAGUCAAGCGGGUGCAAAUCAUUCGACGCAAAUUUUUUCAUCGAGGCAGUAG